CUGAAGCCAAAAAUACAGAGAUCAUGGUGGAAGUGAUUUUAAUGGUUAAUGAUCCCAAAAGCAAUUAUUCAUCUCUGCAGGGAAGAAGGCCCGAAUAAUUCUUCCAGAUAUUGCAUGUGAUUCACUUAAGUAGAAGUUGCUCUAUUCCAGUUUUGUUUGUGGCACCAACUUACAACAUGGAUUCGAACAAAGAACACCUCUUGGAAAAUGGCAACUUGAAGAGCACGAGUAGUAACGAGGAGGAGGUUCACCAUGGCAUGACUGCUAGACAAUUGUCAUCUUCUUCGCUGCAAAACAAGUCGGUUCCUACACUACUACCUAUUAGUGUGCAAAAUGGGAAGGUUAGGAAGGUACUCAUCAAUUUUCAGGUUGUUCUUUUGGGGACCAAGCUUUCGGUACUCCUUCCCACCAUUCCUCUAUCCUUUGUUGCUGUCUACUGUGGCUUUGGAAAGGCCUGGGUUUUUUCUAUGAGUUUGCUUGGAUUAACCUUACUUGCUGAGCGAGUCAGCUUUCUCACAGAACAAGUAGCAUACUACACUGGUCCAACAGUUGGAGGGCUUCUAAAUGCAACAUUUGGAAAUGCCACAGAGCUAAUUAUCGCAAUUUCAGCUCUAAGUCAAAACAAAUUGCGAUUGCUCAAGUACUCUCUCUUGGGAUCAGUUCUUUCAAAUCUUCUUUUAGUCCUCGGGACAUCACUUUUCUGUGGUGGCCUUGCCAACCUAAGAAGUGAGCAAAAAUUCGAAAGAAGGCAGGCCCAUGUGAACUCGCUCCUUCUAAUGCUAGGUGCAUUCUGUCAUAUGCUGCCUAUGUUGCUUCAAUAUGCCGGGGACUCCACUGGUAAAGAAGUCCAAAUACUCGAGCUAUCAAGGGCCCUUAGUAUCAUCAUGCUGCUUUCAUAUGCUACAUACCUGUUCUUCCAGUUAUGGACUCACCGCACAUUUUUCGAAUCACUCGAAGAGUCAAAUGAUGAUGAGGAUGAUGAUGUGGCUGUAGUAGGUUUCUGGAGUGGAUUUGUUUGGUUAUUUGUUGUUACAAUCACAACAGCUUGGUUGUCUGAGUAUGUGGUUAGCACAAUUGAGGAUGCAUCAAAAUCUUGGGGUUUGUCUGUGAGCUUCCUCAGCCUCAUCUUGGUUCCAAUUCUUGGAAAUGCAGCAGAGCAUGCAGGUUCAAUCAUAUUUGCUCUAAAAAACAAGUUGGAUAUAUCUUUAGGAGUCUCUUUGGGAUCUUCAACUCAGAUCGCUAUGUUCGUGGUGCCAUCGUGCGUUGUUGUUGCUUGGAUAAUGGGCAUAAACAUGGAUAUUAACUUCAAUCUCAUCGAGACGGUGUCUCUUGCUCUAGCAGUGAUAACCACAUCCAUUGCUUUGCAGGAUGGAACUUCCCAUUAUGUGAAAGGGUUGGUUCUUAUUCUCUGCUACAUUGUUAUUGGGAUCUGCUUUUUUAUAUUCGAAACACCAAUGGAUGACGACGAAACGAAAAGGAUGAACAUGCACUGGAGACUGAAACCAUGGAUGAAAGAAUAGUUCUUGAAGUCAGAGCUAUGAGUGCAGGAUACAUAUGGAUCUUUUCGGGUCACGGCUGUGGAAUUAGUGGUUCGCCAUUGAUUGAAAUAUGACAGUGGUUCAUGUAAAAGAUUGAAGCGUCUUUGGUCGCAGAUAAAUUAGACUCAACUUGUAUGGACUAUGGAUUGCUCACAAUGUUCAUAGCAUGUCCUGUUUCUGUAUUCAAAUGUUAUAGGGUGUAUGGCAUUUUGGAGUACUACCUAAAAUGAGGUGAACUCCGAUAACCUUUUUGGGCCGGAAAUUCUCAGAA